UGGCGGGAUUUUUAAAAAAUCAACACAAUUACAUUAAAAAACAACUUAAAACCGACCCUCUUCAAAAGCAAUUAAAUAUUAAGUACUUGAAUAUUUGAUGGUAGAACAGGUAAAAAAACUCUUUUAAAUUAAAAAUCUGGCAAACUUAUGCAAAAAAACCCGUUUGUUUACUAUCAUUAUUUGACUGAAAUACAAAAUUUUCGAAUCAGCUAGUGAUGGUUUGGCGGAGAUCGGGAUUUCAGAUUGGGCAAUGACGGAACGUUUGUAGGCAGUGAAAACAACCGAAGUACUGUUAUUCUAUGUGUGUUUAAGCUGAUAUUUGACUGUGAAUUUAUGAAAUGUGAAGUUUAAUGUUAGAAUCAGACCAAAACCCUAUAUGAUUGGCAUACCAGAUUCAGUAAGAGAUUAUAAUGGAGACGGAAGGUAAACCUCAAGACAAUGCUUUAACCUCGAGUAUCUCGGCCGUCACUAAUGGUUCAGAGGUUCUUGGUUCUGUAACAGACUCGGAGGGUGGAAUUCAACUAAGAACCAGUGCUCGAGUCUCCAAGAAACUCAAACUUGACUCUCUAGCGCAAGCUUCAGAGAAAAAAGAUCAAAACCAUGAGGAAGAGAAGAAGGUGGAAGUACCUCCAGUCGUUGAAAGCAAGCCGAGGUCCAAGCGAGUGGAUUGGUCAGCUGAGGACAAAUGUGCGUUUUUUGAGGCGCUUAACGAGUUUGGCAAAGACAUUGACGCCAUUCACAACUACUUGGUGCAGAAAUCAAAACGACGUGGUGGUCAAGAAACAAAAACCAAAGACCAAGUGCGGUUCUUCUACUACAGAAUGUGGUCUAUUCUGUCAAAACACAUAACUUUUCCUCCUCACAUCAAGAAACAAACACAGGAACUAUAUGCUCUAAUAAACUUUGGCGAGCUUCGCAAGAAGAUAAGUUUCUCUAUCAAGAAGCAUUACGAGAAGCUCAGUGAGAUGAUUUACAGCGGCUCGACGCAGCUCAAGUUCCGAGGCAAGGUUCGGAAAGUGAGAACUCCGUUGUGUAAGGCUCUGCGCAAGCUCAACCAGAUUCAAGAAAGUUCAGAAGAGUUGCGUCUGCCGUCGUGUGUGACAGUAGAACUGCGACCUCGCUACAACGAGGACUGGUGUCGCGUGCAAGCUCUCGCACAGAACCCUCGUGUCAGAUCACUCUUGCCGCUUCAUCGUAGACUGGAGACAUUGUUGUCGUACCUUACAAAGCGAUGGCAGACACCAGACAGUAGACUGAGGCAGCAGUUGGAAGGCGAGACACAGACAGACAGUGAAGGACAGUUGAGGGUAGGACCUCGUCCUGGCACCUACAUUAGUCCUCCGUCAGUUCGUCUCAGUGAGGUGGCCACUAGCAGCAAACUGAGUUUGUUGGCGUACGAGCAACGCUUCCAUCCUACGUGCAAGGAAGUCGCACAACUGCUGCAGCAGUUGCCGGUCAUACAUCGUACUAAGGGGAGAGGUGUCAAGAGACCGAGGGCUGACAGCGUGAGUGCUAAAGAAGUGGAGGAGACGGAGGCUGCACCUGGGGGCGAUUCACAGGAGAUUGAACCUACGCCUCCAGCCCUAGCUCUGGAUUGUGUAUCAGACAACGCACAACCUGAUAUCAUCAGUCCCCGUGCCAACGGAGAGAUGAUGAACAGUCCAUUGCCUGAGAGUGCACCGACCUCUGUAGAUCUGCCUCAGACUAGCGUAGGCUGGAGUCUGGCCACAUGUGGCACAACUCGCAUUGGUGAUCUCUACAUCAUGUUUGGCUGUGAUGCCAAGAUCCAUCUGGACUACUGGUGGGAGAGUCCGCAAGAGUCUUCAGUAAGUUGUACUGCUGAGUCGUCCCUGACUACAACGCUACGCAAGCUGUUGUCUGUCGCGAAGCUGGAGACAUCAAAAAACAAAAAUUCAACAUCAAAUAACAACGGCUGUGAUUCUCAAACAUCAAAAUCUCGUCUUUCAAAACCUAAAGCACAGCAGGAUGGUGUACAGAAGGUAGAGGCACAGCUUAAGUUCAAGGUUUGUCCGCUAACACUAGAUGAUGUGUUUCUGAGGCCGACCAUCCUCAAGACAACGGACGGUGCUGGGGACAGGGUGGAGAAGAUGAGGCCGAGGUACUGUAACCGUAGAGGCAGGCCUCGUCGACCCCCGGCUGUUCCCCCCCGCCUGGCCCCACUACUGCCCAAGGUCAGUUUGUUCAACAGUGUCACAAGGCCGCAAGGGUUCAAGCCCAUAGCCCCAGCACCGACACCAGUCACCGCUGCCACUGCCACGGCCACCCCGGUGUCCAUCGAUGUGAAGGUAGCGCCAGUAGCCCUAGUUACCGCCACCUCUGUCACUCCCACAGUAGUGGUGAAGAAUGUUGUCUCCGAGACUCAACCCCCCUCACCCCCUUCUCUCAGCAAUCUGCUGGACGAUCUCUCGCUUCCCUCUCUCAGUGCGGGGUCCUCGCGGCUCUCCACGCCGGUACCUUCUUUCCGAGGUUUGCUGGACAGCCAGGAUGGUAGUGAAGUAUCCAAAGACCAGUGGAUAACAUCCGACCCUGAUCUUUCUCUCAGUGGGUUCUCAUUCCUCAACAAUCUCGAUACGGACAUCAAAGAUUUGGGCAACGAGAGUCGGCUCUCGGAUAUGGAUUCACAACUAGGUAACCUGAUGGGGACUGAUAAUUCUACAGAUCUCAAUGCGAUCAUCGCAGACCUGACAGCAAAUAUUAAACCAGAAAAAAUGGAACCUGAUUAGUCAUAACCCCGCCAACAUUGGUAUCGUAAGCAAUUCAGCUUCAAUUUGGAAAAACAUUUUUUACCUAACUUCCUUUGUUGGCCAAUUUCCUUUAACCCUUCCUAGACGGCCUAUCGUACGAUGUAUACAGACAGCAAAAUUAUUUUAUUUAAAUAGAUACUAAAAAAUAUCUUUUAUAUCUAUAAUGUAUAGAAUGUUGUAAAUAGUUAACCUAUGCAACACUUUUGUCGAAAAUAUUUUUAUACCUAUUUUUUUCUUCCUCGUUAUAUGGUUCAAACAAAAUUUCUUAUUCUUCUAAAAAACAUUCCUAGUACAUCGGUUAAAGAUACAUUUGACUAUAUUGACAUUUUUUAUGAAGAUUAAUCAUGUUAUAGACAAUCAAGUAUAGGUAACGAUAACUGCCGUAAUAAUCAGCUGAUAUAUCCGCCUACCGUCGGCGGAUCCCAAAAAACCGUCCGCUAUGCACAAAUUGAGCAGUGGAUAUCAGCACUAUAGUCCAGCAAGGGUUACUAACUCAUUGCCUCUCUUUGGCAGUGAUAUUAUGUCAUCUCAAGUAUUUAGACAGUCUCAAUCAUGAGAUUUUUAAGCAGUUUGAAAAUAGGCAUUUUUAAUUUUUUGCAGUGACCAAGUAGUCCAAAACAACAAUAUAAUAUAAAUUUAACUAUCCUAGGUAUAAAAACCCCUACUGGAAAUUAGCUUUUGACUAACUAAAUGUGAAGUUUUCGUCACAAUUCCUACGUUUUCAUAACAAAAGUUUUUUUCAUAAACGCAGGACAAUCGUAGCUGUCUGUGGUUUUUCAAGGAGCUUGACCCAUUUUCACAGUAAUCUUCCGAGUUUAGGGUUCAAGGUCAACAUUUUGGUUUUAGCAUUCAGUUAAGUCAUAAAAUUUACUCUAAUGAUGUAUAAAUUACUUUUCCUGUGUCUCCUGACUAUUCCCCCCCUCCCUCCCUAUUAAUCUGUGUCUCGAUUAUCCAUCCUGAAACUUUACAAACAAAAUUAGUUUAACAGUAUUUAUUUUUUUAGCUUGAUUUUGCUGAUUAAAAUGUGUGUAAUUCAUGACACUUAACGCAGUUGCAUUUUUUCUAAAGUUUAGAAAGUGUCAAUAUUUUCACAUGUAAUUGUUUCUUGCUUAAAGUAUUAGUUUGUAGGUUUGAAAGCUUCAAUUGUUUUUAGUUGGUUUAUAACUACUAAUUAUAGGCUGAAUUGUAGGGUGAUUGAGUGUUUAUGUUUUACAGGUGUAUUCCAUUGAUCAAAUGUUUAAAGUACAAAACUAGGUGCAACAACUCCUUUAAAUUUUAAUGAUUUGAAAUCAGUUCAAAGAAUAUUUCAAUAGCUAAUACGAGUGCUAAUAUAAAUAUGUUAAAGGCAUGUGAGUAUUUGGUUGGACUCUGUUUGCCGGAAUACACAAAUUGUACGGUAUUUAUUGAAUUUAUUGAAAAAGUCUGGUAUUUUUAUUUGUAUAGUUAAUUACAUUUUUGGUUUUUAACAGAAAUGUUUACAUAGUAUAAGUUUUAAUACUUUCUACUACAUGCAAUUUGGAUGUGAUAUUUGAUUAUUUUAUAAUUAAUUAUUAGUCUGCUAGUUCAGUUUGUCUGUUAAUCUUUCUCAAACAUUUUUGUAUAAGUGUAUGAAUGUAUCCAUUAUCCAAUAUUCAAAGCAACAAAAUUACAUUCGGAAUAUUUUGAUGAAUGAGUUUGUUCAUAACCUUAUUUCCAAUUCGAAAAAGUACUUAAAAAUGCAGAUGUAGUUUUUAGUACUGUAAAAGCUGCACAGUUCAAAUGUAUCAAGAUUGUAAACAUCAGUUUCUGUUAGUUCAAAACAUGCAGUGCCAUGACAUUCACAUUUUAAAAGGUUAGAAGUUGUAACAUUAUGUAUUAUUUAAUCCUAUAUAAAGUAGAUUUUAAAUCUAGAUCUCAAAAAUGUGGACUGAUAAAAAUUGAAUUUCAAUUUUCAAGUUAUUUUCCUACUGUAUAGCCUACUGUAUUUUGUAUCUCUAAUAACUCUUUGUUAUCACUAAAGCACAGGUUAUUAUGAGAUUUUGGUGCUGAUAAUGUGCAUUACGGUGUUACCUAGUAUAUUUAACUACACACUUCAUCCUCAUGUUAAAGUUUUUUUUUUUUUUUUUUUUUUUUUUAUCAAAUUAGGUGUAAACUCAAGCCAAGCCACUGACAAAAAUCACCGAUAUACGUAGAUCACACCAACCUUUUAACCAAGCCAAAGUGAUAGGUCGACUUACUGUAAGCUAUGUCAUCUUUUAGCUCACAUCAGCAAUUUGAAUCAAAUAAAUUCUGAUUUUACAAAAUCCAAAUAUGCUUCACACCAAAUACAGUCCGGAUUUUGUAGAGCACUACAUAUUAAACUCUCCUUUUAAGGAUAAGUCUUGUAUGAUUGUCGCGAUAUCAUUGAAUACCUUCACACACCCAUUACUCUUCAGUACAAAAGUUAUACUGUUUAUUAUUUACCUAUUAAGAAUAGUUUUGUAUUAUCUUUAAAUUAGGACAAAAACAAUGUUACCUGACUUUAAAAUUGUUCAUUUAUUUCAAAGCAAUGUUUUAAAACGUAUAUUGGAUUAUGCGUUAACGUUAUGCGAUUGGAUGGUAAAGUAAAACAUUGUUUGCGCAUUACAAGUUAUUAUUUUCUGGUUUGAAAAAAAGGUUUUACAGUUUUAAUUCUUGGAUUUGUUUGGCAUGUAAAGUGUAUCUUGAUAAGCUUUUAAGAAAAGUUUAGAAACGUAAAAAUGUAAAUUUUCUAUAUUUCAACAAACAACAUGUUGAAAGUUUAUUAUCUCUUGGUUUUGAGGUAAACAUGUUCUAUAGUGUAACAAAAUCUUUUUUUUGUAGAUCUU